CGUAUUUUUUAUUUUUUGAUUUUCAAACAAUGACGCUCAAGCCAGUGUCGAUCAACUUUGACGACAAGUGGCGCGAGCUCCGACAGCAGAUGGAGCUGAUUGUCGGCGAGCAGAGCUCAGAAGUCUCUGGCAUGAUCUUCCACGAGAUUGUGUACAGGGUCUGCACUGCCCGCCCAACGCCCUUUGCUGACAAGCUCUUUCGUGAAGUCAGCGCCUUCUUCUCGCGGCACGUCACUGCGCUGCGCGAGGGCAUUCUCGAGCAAGAGUCCAAUCUCUUGCCAGGAUACGCAUCGCGGUGGUCGACAUUCGAUGCAGGAACGGGCUACCUGCACAUGGUGUUUGAAUUUUACAACAAGCUGGCGACCAAGCACACGACGAGCGGGGCGUCCUUCCAACCCGACGACGGGUCGAACACCCCGAUGCCCAUUAUGACGCUUGCCUACAAAAGGUGGCGCGAACACUGCUUUGAGCCAUUGAAAACCCGUCUGCUGCACAACAUCUUGAGUGAAAUUGAGAAGGAUCGCAACGGAGAAGAUAUUAACAGCUCGGUGAUUCUGACGGUUGUGAAUUCGUUGGUCACACUAAGCAACGACCCAAAGGCCCCUCUUGAUCUCUACAAGACGCAGUUUGAAGCACCGUUUCUGCAAGGCACAUCCAGCUAUUACCGUCGCGAAGCGGCAGCGUACAUUGCCGACCACGACAUUUCGGCGUACAUGCGCAAGGCAGAGGCGUGGCUGGACAGCGAGCAGUUGCGCGCCCGCAAGCAUCUCGAUAGCAGUUCGUACAGCAGUGUCAUCAAGCUCUGCGAGGCGGAGAUUGUGACUGCCCACCGCGAAAAAAUCCAAGCAGAGUGCACCCGGUUUAUCGACCAAGACGCGCGCGAGGAUUUGACGCGCAUGUACCACCUUCUGCGACGGAUUCCUGGCGGCAUCGAUCCGAUGCUUGUUGCGUUCGAGCAGAACGUCACCGCAGCCGGCCUCAAGGAGAUUGAGCGCCUCAGCGACGCUGCCCAAAAGCCCGAGCCGUACGUCGACGCUCUGCUUGUGCUUCACAGCAAGCACAACGACAUUAUUCGCACGUCGUUUGAUAACGACAAUCAGCUCAUUGCUGCGCUCGACAAGGCAUUCCGUUCCAUCAUCAACGACACAGCCAAGUCCAAGUCUGCUGGCAAAGCUCCCGAGCUCUUGGCGGCCUUCUGCGACCAGCUUCUCAAAAAGUCCAACAAGAACCAAUCUGAAGCCGAGAUUGAAGAGAAGCUGCAGCAAGUAAUCAAAAUCUUCAAGUAUAUCGAGGGCAAGGACAUUUUCCAAAAGUUUUACUCGAAAUUCCUCGCCAAGCGACUCAUUCACGGCGUAUCCGUGUCGGAUGAGGCCGAGAGCAUGAUGAUUGCAGAGCUCAAGGCUGUGUGCGGCUAUGACUACACCACCAAGCUGCAACGCAUGUUCACAGACAUGACUGUGAGCGAGGACAUUAACAAGACCUUCAACGAAUUCCGUUCCAACAACGACAUUCCGCUUAACAUUGAGUUUUCCAUGCUUGUACUUCAGACUGGCGCGUGGCCAUUGGGAUCAGCCGUCCAGUCACCGUUCAACAUUCCUGCAGAGCUGGAAAAGUCGGUGACAAUCUUUGAGGCGUUCUACGGCAAAAAGUACAGCGGCCGCAAGCUCAAUUGGCUGCACCACCUGUCCAAGGGCGACCUCCGUGCGACCUACGGCUCGAAGCGGUACGAGCUGCAGAGCACCAACUACCAAAUGGCCAUCCUUCUCCAGUACAACAACGAGGACGUCUACUCUUACUCGCAGCUUCGUCAGCUGACGAAUUUGAACGACGCCGAUCUGAAAAAGACCGUCAAGUCGCUGGUUGAUGUCAAGCUGCUCAACUUGGACAGUGGUGCAGAGGAUGUCACCGAGUCGUCCUUGCUCAAGUACAACAGGGCGUUCAGCAACAAGCGGACCAAGAUCAAAAUCACCACCGCUGUGCAGGCCGAGACAAAGGAGGAGAGUGUUCAGACGCACAAGUCUGUGAACGACGAUCGCAGUCUGUACCUGCAAGCCGCCAUUGUGCGCAUCAUGAAGUCACGCAAAACGCUGUCCCACAACCAGUUGGUUCAGGAAGUUAUCGUUCAGCUGUCCAGCCGAUUCCAGCCUGCCAUUCCCAUGAUUAAAAAGUCCAUCGAGGGACUGAUCGACAAGGCAUACCUCGAGCGCGUGGAAAACACGCUGGACAAGUACAAUUAUCUUGCAUAAGCGCGUUGUGGCUUGCUCGCUUUUGUUUCUCUCCCCCCCCCUUUUCAUGAAUUUUCCAGGGUGUUUGGUGUUUGGUUGUUGUACUUUUAAUACUACCUCUUUUUUGUC